UCCCCACCUGCCUGCCCGCGGUCGGCGCCAGCACAAGUAGAGGGCGUCUUCCUUCCCCUGCGGCCCCAAGCCAAGUGGAAGACUUUUCUCUAAGUUUCCCUCUCCGAAGCCCCGCGGGCCUCCCGUGCACCAGCCCCAGCCCUAGCCCCAGCCUGCGGAGGCGGCACCCAGAGGUUGGGCGCCCGUGAGGCGCCUUGGCCUCAGCACCUCCCGCCCCCAGGCCCGGCCCCGGGGGCGCGGCCGCCCGGGCCUCCGUAUGCCCCAGGGGGCUUCGGGCCGCGAGCCGCUGCCGAAUGGCUUUUGACAAAAAAACCCUUGACCACCAAGGCCAGCCUCUUCCUGAAAGCCCCGCUCGCUCCGAUACAGGAAGUAGAAGGGAGCGAACGCCCCAGAGCGCGGCGGCAGCGGCGGCCUGGCCCUUCCCGAGGGCCAGAGCCAGGGACAUGCGGACGCCCGGGACUCCGCGUUCCGCGCGUCCCGGCGCCUGAGCGCCUCCGUUCCCUGUCCCGGAGCUGCCGGCGGCAUGAUCCGACACGCCGGGACGCCAGCGCGCGGGGACCCCACGGGUCCGGUUCCAGUUGUUGGCAAAGGAGAGGAAGAGGAAGAUGGCAUGGGGCUUUGUCUGCCAGCCACCCCGAAGAACUGCCUUCCUCGCCGCCGGGGCAUCAGCGUCCUGGAGAAGCUCAUCAAAACAUGCCCGGUGUGGCUGCAGCUGAGUCUGGACCAGGCAGAGGUGGCCAGAAUCCUGCACCGGGUGCUGGCCGGGAUGUUCCUGGUCCGCCGGGACAGCAGCUCGAAGCACCUGGUGCUCUGUGUCCACUUUCCUUCCCUGAACGAGAGCUCGGCCGAGGUGCUCGAAUACACCAUUAAGGAAGAAAAGUCGAUAUUGUACCUGGAAGGCUCAGCUCUUGUGUUUGAGGACAUCUUCAGACUGAUUGCAUUCUACUGUGUCAGUAGAGACUUACUGCCCUUCACACUGCGGCUACCCCAGGCCAUCCUCGAGGCCAGCAGCUUCACGGACCUUGAGACCAUCGCCAACCUGGGUCUGGGUUUCUGGGACUCCUUGCUGAAUCCUCCACAAGAAAGAGGGAAGCCAGCAGAGCCCCCAAGAGACCGGGCCCCCGGAUCCCCCCUAGUCUCCAGCCUCAGGCCCACAGCCCAUGACGCAAACUGUGCCUGUGAAAUCGAGCUGUCGGUAGGAAAUGACCGCCUGUGGUUUGUGAAUCCUAUUUUCAUCGAGGACUGCAGCAGCGCCCUGCCCACCGACCAGCCACCUCUUGGAAACUGCCCUGCACGCCCCUUGCCGCCCACCUCUGAUGCUACCUCGCCCACCUCCAGGUGGGCCCCACGCCGCCCACCACCCCCUCCCCCAGUGCUGCCCCUGCAGCCCUGCAGCCCAGCCCAGCCCCCUCUGCUUCCUGCUCUUUCCUCCGCCCCUGCCUGUCCUUUGCCCACCUCUCCCCCAGUGCCUGCCCCCCACGUCACACCCCAUGCCCCGGGUCCCCCAGACCAUCUGAACCAGCUGCCCAUGACAACCUGCGAGAGACUCCCAUGCCCCACUGCAGGCCUGGGCCCCCUCAGGGAGGAAGCGAUGAAGCCAGGGGUAGCCUCCAGUCCCUUGCAGCAGGCCCCCGCCCCGCCACUGCCUGCGAAGAAGAACCUUCCCACUGCCCCUCCCAGACGCCGCGUUUCCGAGAGGGUGUCCUUAGAAGACCAAAGUCCGGGGAUGGCGGCAGAGGGGGACCAGCUCAGCCUGCCUCCCCAAGGGACCUCAGACAGCCCUGAGGACACGCCCCGGGGGAGCACGGAGCAAGGCCAGGACACAGAGGUGAAAGCCAGCGAUCCCGACAGCGUGCCGGAGCUGCCCAGGAAGGCCAAGCAACCCCCAGUGCCGCCCCCCAGGAAAAAACGGAUCUCUCGACAACUGGCCUCGACCCUCCCCACUCCCUUAGAGAACGCUGAGCUCUGCACACAGGCAAUGGCCUUGGAGACACCCACGCCAGGUCCACCCAGAGAGGGCCAAAGCCCUGCUUCUCAGGCUGGGACUCAGCACCCUCAUGCCCAGGCCACUGCCCAUUCCCAGAGCUCUCCAGAGUUCAAGGGCUCCCUGGCCUCCCUCUCAGACAGCUUGGGGGUGUCUGUCAUGGCCACCGACCAGGACUCCUACUCCACCAGCAGCACGGAGGAGGAGCUGGAGCAGUUCAGCAGCCCCAGCGUGAAGAAGAAGCCCUCCAUGAUCCUGGGCAAGGCUCGGCACCGGCUGAGCUUCGCCAGUUUCAGCAGCAUGUUCCACGCUUUCCUCUCCAACAACCGCAAGCUGUACAAGAAGGUGGUGGAGCUGGCGCAGGACAAGGCCUCGUACUUUGGCAGCCUGGUGCAGGACUACAAGGUGUACAGCCUGGAGAUGAUGGCGCGCCAGACCUCCAGCACGGAGAUGCUGCAGGAGAUUCGCACCAUGAUGACCCAGCUCAAGAGCUACCUGCUGCAGAGCACCGAGCUCAAGGCCCUGGUGGACCCCGCCCUGCACUCCGAGGAGGAGCUCGAAGCAAUUGUAGAGUCUGCCCUGUACAAAUGUGUCCUGAAGCCCCUGAAGGAAGCCAUCAACUCAUGCCUGCAUGAGAUCCACAGCAAGGACGGUUCGCUGCAGCAGCUCAAGGAGAACCAGUUAGUGAUCCUGGCCACCACCACCACUGACCUAGGUGUAACCACCAGUGUGCCGGAGGUGCCCAUGAUGGAGAAGAUCCUGCAGAAGUUCUCCAGCAUGCACAAGGCCUACUCACCUGAGAAGAAGAUCUCCAUCCUGCUCAAGACCUGCAAACUCAUCUACGACUCCAUGGCCCUUGGCAACCCAGGGAAGCCCUAUGGGGCGGAUGACUUCCUGCCUGUGCUCAUGUAUGUGCUGGCCCGCAGCAACCUCACGGACAUGCUUCUCAAUGUGGAGUACAUGAUGGAGCUCAUGGACCCCGCCCUGCAGCUGGGGGAGGGUUCCUACUAUCUGACCACCACCUACGGGGCUCUGGAGCACAUAAAGAGCUACGACAAGAUCACGGUGACCCGGCAGCUGAGUGUGGAGGUGCAGGACUCCAUCCACCGCUGGGAGCGCCGGCGUACGCUCAACAAGGCCCGGGCCUCGCGCUCCUCCGUGCAGGACUUCAUCUGCGUGUCGUACCUGGAGCCCGAGCAGCAGGCGCGGACGCUGGCGUCGCGGGCGGACACCCAGGCCCAGGCUCUGUGCGCGCAGUGCGCGGAGAAGUUCGCGGUGGCGCGGCCGCAGGCGCACCGGCUGUUCGUGCUGGUGGACGGGCGCUGCUUCCAGCUGGCGGACGACGCGCUGCCGCACCGCAUUAAGGGCUACCUGCUGCGCAGCGAGCCCAAGCGCGACUUCCACUUUGUCUACCGGCCCCUGGACGGUGGCGGCGGCGGCGGCGGGAGCCCACCCUGCCUGGUGGUGCGGGAGCCCAACUUCCUGUGAGGCCCUCCCGGGGCGCCUCCCCUCACCCCCAGGCUCACAUGUGGCCCCGCCUUUGGCUGCGCACUACCGACAGCGACGUCCACGCAGCAGAGGGACACGGGCCAUUCCAUGACGUGCCCAGGCCAACGUCGCAGGACAGAUGGGAAAUAACAUGACGCUCGGCCAAGGCCACUUCCUGAGGGCAAGUCCUAAUAGCACUGAGACACCGAGACGGCAUGUUCUUCAUUAGACGGAAAGGGAAACUGAGGCUCAGAGAGGCGAGAGGCGCUCCAGGCCACUGCAGCCAACAAACCCGCGCCCUCUUCACACGCAGCUCCUCAGGCCAUUCCCCAUGAGUCCCCCACACCCACCCCAUCCUCGGUCUUUGCAAAGAAGGGCCCGAGCUUAGUUUCCCCAGGAUUGGCCGAGGAAGGAGCACCGGCCACAGCUGCUCCCGGUGCCCCUCAGGGUGGACCCAGCAUCUCAGGAGCACCUCAGGGUGUGGGUUAAGAGACAGGCCUCCACCCCUGCACCAGAGCCUGCCCUUAGCUCCCGGUGCCCCCAGACCCCGCAGCUCUGUGCCCGGCAAGAAGCAGCUAGACACACGCCGGGGCGCCAAGCAGGGCCAGUUCCACGGACCCAUGGACAAGCCCAGCCCUGCCUCAGGGAAAACAAGGCCUUUCCUUACAGGACACGCCCCAGAGCUGUGGCAGAUUGCAGGAGCCAUCGUGUGGGGAGAAUUUAAUAAAAGCCCUUUUGAAAAUGA